AUGUCCAGAAUUUCUACACGAGUGAUGAUAAUCUCUGACACUCACGAACAUAGCCUCAAUGGAGCGAGUAUGCCCGAGGUUGAUAUCCUCCUCCAUACUGGCGAUCUAACUAAUUUUGGUGAAUUGGAGGCCUUGAAAGAGUCCGUCAAGAUGAUGGGUACUAUCGAGGCCGAGUUGAAAUUGGUUAUUGCCGGGAAUCACGACAUAUCUCUUGAUGCGCAAAACCGGGUAGAGAACAUGUCUGACGAUGAGUAUUCCGAAUAUCAUCAUUCCGCCCUCGAAAUAAUGACAGGUCAAUUGGCGAGAGAUGCCGGUGUUGUCUAUCUCAAGGAAGGUACUCAUACAUUCUCACUUAAGAAUGGUGCUAAAUUCACAGUAUACGCUUCACCCUACACUUGUGGAUCUAUGGGCUUCCAGUACCAGAUAAAUGAAGACCGUUUCAACGACUCAACUCAAGUCGCUCCAGGUCAAGUUUCAAUUGCCACCAAUCCUAUUCCUGAAGGUGUUGAUAUCGUCAUGACUCACGGUCCUCCACAUACAAUUCUGGACCAAGUUGAUGGCUCUUAUAAAGGAUGUCGUAAUCUUCUUCGUGCCGUAAGCCGUGUUCGACCACUUAUGCAUUGCUUCGGACACAUCCACGAAGGAAAUGGCGCGAAUCUUGUAACCUGGAAACCAGAUGGUAGUGUAAAGGAUCCAUCAUCAGCUACACCGAUGGAGACAGAACAAGUUAAUGAGUAUCCAUAUACAAAUGAGUGGCCAAUCCAAUCUGGAAAACAAACUCUUAUGGUAAAUGCGGCGAUCAUGAUGAACACUGCAAAGGGAAUGCGUCCAAAUUAUAAGCCCUUCGUAGUAUCACUCGAUCUGCCUCGCCAUCAUUAA